AUGUCAGAAAGGAAAGAUCUCGGCAACGUUACUAGUCAGAUGACGCCUUCAGCAUCGACAUCAGCAGAGGCUCCUCCCUCAUAUGAUGUCGCUCAACCCCGAUCAUACGAUCAAACACAUGCUCCUUCAUAUGACACUGCUCAAUCGCAGUCACUACAAGAUGGAACAUCAGACCCCGAGGAUCUUCCCACCCUCGUUUUGAACAGUACCAAAAUCUAUUCACUAUAUGCUCCCAACCAUAUCCUUUACCAACUCAGCAAGCCACCCUACGACGGCGGUCAUUAUAAUAUCUACGGCGUUGAGAAAGUUCGAUACCGUCUUGUUGAGGGUGACUCAGAACAAAAGCUCCAAUCCUCACCCGACCAUAUUUAUGACUUCAAGCAUGCCGAAAUUCCCAAACACCGCACCACCGGGUCAGGUAUUCGAGUUGAGGCGACGGGUGGCAACCCGGAACGACUCCUAGAAGCAGAGUCUCCUUUGAAAGAUCGUUUAAACCGAGGGAAGACAAACACUGUCGUCUGGAAGGACGACAAGGGACAAGUCGUGGCGAUCGAGACGAAACUUCAGCGCAACAAGGAUAAUAUCAUAGAAGAACCUCCUAGACUUGCUAUAAAGGUCAGGGUCGAUGAGAAAUUAUACGAUCUGCUGAUUACUUGCUGGUGCGCGCAAGUCUGGAAGAGCGCACAGAAAGACUUGAAAGAGCCGAUGAGCUGGGAUAAAGUCAAGCGCAUUGCAUCAGCCGUGCCAAACAAGACAUCAGCUAUCUAUGGCGGUGGUAAAGGUGGAUUUAUCUUUUAG